CAUUCCCGUCCCUUCAUCAUAUUGACUCUGGCGUCAACAACAUCAUCAUCACCUACCUAACGAGACACUACCACUUUGACGAUAUAUCCUACCUGUCAGGAUUACACAGCUCGACAUACCCCCCCCCCCAACUACCACGACCGAGUCGAUCGAACCCCUCGUAUAACCCCAGAGGAACACCACACAAGAACAUCACCACCAUGUCCGGCCGAGGAGGACGAGGCGGUCGCGGCGGCCGCGGCGGAGGCGGAGGAUUUGGCGGUGGCCGCGGCGGUCGUCGCGCAGUAGCCGCCAACUCGGUCCCCUGGCAAAUGGACCCGACCAUUGCUCUGGACGGGAAGCCCUCGGAGCUUUUCCCUCCUUACAAAGUGCCCCGCGCGCCGGUCCUCUCGAAAAAGGACGACCGACAAGUCUCCUUCUUCCUCUCGUUCCGCGAACAAUGCCACGACUCGCCUCUCUACACGCAAUCCCGCACGUGGGCCGCCGGCACCACCUCUUUUUCGUCGUCGACCUCAGCAAGUAGUAGUCUCUUUGGAAGCAGCGCCAAAGCGACCAUUGACAUCUUUGAGGAUGGCGUCCCCAGCUACUCGCACAAGUUCCAGCAAAAGGAACGGACGUUGCCUGACUUGGCGUCCAGGCCAUUCGCCAAAGAAUUCUUCCCCGCGGAAUUACAUGCUACGCUGGAUGGGAUUGAUGGUGGUUCGAGUUCGGUGGCCUCCUCUGGAGCGAAACGGCGCAAGACGACGACGACGACGACGGCAAAAACUAUUGCGUUGUCGUCGGCAGAGUACAAGACGGCCGAAGACGUGUUUGGUCUUUCCAAAGUCGCUAAUGGCGCAGCAUCACAAGAAGGAGAAGGAGGCGAACCCAAUUACCAACGAGCGCUGCAGUUGUUGGAGAUGGUGGAGAAGAAGGUCGAGGACGGAGGAGAGGAUGCGGCGGUGGGGAUCCUGUCGGAUGAUGAUGAGGAUGAUUGGGUCAAGAAUAACGAGGAUGAGGACGGCAACCCGGUGGCCGAAGAGGACGACGAUUUCGAGGAGGAUAGUGGGGAUGAUUAUAAUGCGGAGCAGUACUUUGAUGGAAACCAGGAUGAUGAUGAUUAUGAUGAGGGUGGGGAUGAUGGGGGGGAUUACUACUAGUAGUCUUUUGUGGAAUAGGGGGAGAGGAGGUCUGAGAUGACAAACAAAGAGGUUGUAUGUGGUGGCUGGAAGGAGCUGCUAACAAUGUCAAGAGAGCACUUUGUGAGAUGGCAUAUUUGGCUCGCUUGGUUGGGAGCAUAUAAAGGCAUUGUUGGAUUCAUCAUGGAUGUCCAGAGAGGGAGGGGUCUGGUGGGCUCAAAGAAUGAUACCAUUUUUCUAUCGCA